GUGCGCCGCGUUGCUUCAGUGUGAUCAGAUCAGAGUCACGCGGCGCUGCUGUCUGUCUCUCGUGUGUCUCUCCGUGUUUCUCCGUGUUUCUCCGUGAGUCUGUCCUCGGUGGAUGAGCGGAAGCACGCGUGUGUUCUGCGGGAAUCCGUCUGUUUCAGCGCAGUGUUUCAAACACUAGUAAUCUUCAGUGUGCCAGACUAAAUCAGACCGCGCUCGAUUGAAGGGCAGUGGAUAGUUGACCUCGUCCAUCUCCAGCACCACUUUCCCAGGACGCCAGAAUUAGAGGCUCUUCUGUUCUUCUAUCAGGCUUCAGAAAGCGUUCUCUGACGGGAGGAAUGUGAGGAAUGUGAAGAGGAGACUCGCACCACGACUCCUGUGCUGUACGUUAUGAUCAAACCCCAUCGUAAACGUCUGUAGAGUCGAUCAGACGUGAUCUGGAGGUCUGCUUUACAAUGUCUGCGUGUGGAGAGUUUGCAGAGCACGUGUGGAAACCAGGCUCCUGUAAGAACUGCUUCCAUCCUCGCAGCGCUCACGGACCGACCGGAUCGACGGGAGCCGCUUGUGUCCCAGCGAGUCUGAUCGGGGAAGACGAGGAUGGGGUGACGUCUCCCUCUCCGUAUAGCAAACCCACCAUCGCUGUCAGACCCACCAUGAUGAACACGGACGUCACAGCGGAGCUCAUGACAGACAUCAACAUGAAUACAGAACAGAACAACCAGAAGACCUCUGUAGGACUGAAGAAAGCUCUGGAUUUGGCUCCUCUGUACAUCGAAAGCAAUGGAUGUAAUACACCUCUUAGAGAAACCAUAAUACAAAACGGCAUCUCUGGAAAGAAGUUCUCCCAAAACGUUUGUUCUCCCACUGGAUUAUCCAACGACUGCAUGGUUAUCAGCGAAAUAAUUGUGAGUCAAGAAGAUGGCAGUGUUCCCCACAGUCUGAAAGAGAACGGGAACAGUGACUCCUAUAGACAGAUGACCAAAGUGGUCAAGAGCACUUACACCAAUGGAGAGACAUAUCUUCAUAAUGGGACUGGAAACAGUGAUGGAGUUACAAGUCCUCUAAGGACAUCCGUAGGGGAAAGGCAAGGCAGAACUGCACCAGGGAACACGGUUAACGGAUCGUCCAAUGAGACGCCAGGUACUUCACCAUCUCCAGUGACUCCAGACUCCUUCCACAGAAGCCUGUCGGACUCGUGCUCCAAUCGGAGCAGCGUGGAUUCGUCACCAGGACUCCGGAGUCCUCAGAAGUCUCCAAGCGUUCCCCAAAACGGGCUCGAGGGAAGUGAGCCGAUCUAUGCCGAGAGCACCAAGAGGAAAAGACGACUCAAUGCUCAGAGCGAUGGGAAGGCUCCGCAGUCCUCCGAGUCUGACACCGAGGUCAACGUAAGCGACAAUCAAAGAGCGACUAUUACGGUCAUGGCCGCCCACACUGAGGAAAACAACCGGACGUUUUACUUGAGCAGCCCGGAUUCGGCCGUAAGCACCCAAUGGACCCAUUUCAGCCCAAACACUCCCAAAGACCCAACGAGCCCAGCGUUCACUUGGCCAAACGCUCCUGAUGCCACUGAAUCCACCCAACCCAAGCCUCACUCCAGUCCUCUGGUUCCCCCCAAGAUCAGCACCCGUCCACCCAGACUUGGUACCUCCAGUCUCUCCCCAGUACCGUUACCCGAACUCAGCUUUCACGCGGUUCUUUCUCCAAAUCUAGGGACUUCACAAGUGGAAGCCAGGACUCCAACUCGCACCGUCCCAGAGUGGAGGCACAAGUCCCACAGCACCAGGAGUCUGGAGGGCUGUAUUGAUGAGGUGGAAGAAGAGGUCGAGUCUGAGGGGACGGACAAGAGAUUGGGCUCUUCUAUUGGGACGGGCGACUCCAUCAAUAGUUCUGCUGUUCCUUGCAUUGAGUCCAGAGAAUGGACGAGCGAGAGCAGUGCGAUGCCAGGCACCGCCAACAAAAGCACCAGUCAUAUCCAAGCGGAGAACCCGUCCUCUCUCAUUCCCUCCAGUGAACCCAACACCAGUCGGGAUCCUGCGCCUCCGCCGCCGCCUCCCAAAAAACACCACCGGGUGUGUAAGCGUCUGAGUGGCAGUAAUAUGGAUCUGGAGAGUGUGGGUCAGCAGGGGUCACUGGAGAAUCUCAGCCAAUCACUGCGAGGAUUGAACACGUCCAGCGACAGUCUGCAGGCGCUCACACACACCGACUCCACCCUCCGCCUCAGCCCCUCCCCAUUUCCCAGCAGCCCGUGUGGCUCCGCCCCAGCCUCGCCGCAGCCCGACACGUUUCCUAGCAACAGUCUGGCCAAUCAGCUGCAGCCGCCUCCGUUGCCGCAGAAGAAGCUGGUGAACCGCACCGUCUCCGCUCCGCUGGAGUCGAGUCGCCCGCGCCCGCGCCUGCCCUUCAGCGGCUCCGAGACCAACGUCAGCGAGUCUGUGGAGCGCCGCGCUCCUCGUCUGGGGAUGGUGACGUCCUGCUCGUCUCCACAGCUCCACACGCUGACCGCCGGCUCCACGCUGCAGCUGCACGCGCUGCUCAGGAACAUGGACAGCCGCGAGGGCAUCUACUCGAAGCUGGGCGGCCUGUACGCCGAGUCCCUGCGCCGGCUCGCGCUCAAGUGUGAGGAGCACUUCACCAGCGGCCAGAGGAACACGCUGAGAUUCGACGAGAGCAACUGGUCACUCUUCAAACUGACCUGUAACAAACCCUGCUGUGUGUCCGGAGACGCCGUGUAUUACUCGGCCUCCUGCGCGUCAGACACCCGAAACACGUACGCCGUCAAGAUCUGUAAAGGCCAGGCGCCGGACAGUAAGCAGGUUCAUCUGUACGGUCUCUCGGUGCAGCAGAGCGUCCCGUCUCACUUCAAUCUGCAGCAGGACUGCGGUCACUUCAUCGCCUGUGUGCCGCGGAGCAUGUCCCCGAGCGAGGAGAGCGGUCCGGCCGAGCAGGAGCGAGUGGUGGUCAUCACACGGGACGUCCCGCACCAGACCAUGGCUGAUUUCGUCCGCGAGUGGGAGUCGUUCCACCGCGCCCAGCCGGAGGUUUACGAGCGGCGCGUGUGUUUUCUUCUGCUGCAGCUGUGUGCGGGUCUGGAGCAUCUGAAAGCACACGGCGUCACGCAUCGAGAUCUGUGCAUGGAGAACCUGCUCCUGGUGCAGCGUCCGGAUCCUCAGCAGCAAAGCCUCCCUCGCCUCCUCAUCAGCAGCUUCAGCAAAGCCAAGCGCCGCGACGCCGACGAAACCACGGCGUGCGCCGACCCGCGUCUGAAGCGGGAGCACGCUCGGCUCGCGCCUGAGAUCGUCUCGGCGGCGCAGUACCGCAAGUUCGACGAGUUUCAAACCGGCAUCCUGAUCUACGAGCUCCUGCACCGCCGAAACCCGUUCGAGGCCACGCCGGGGAAAUGCGACUACAGAUGCGAGGAGCUGCCGCUCAUCCCCGGCGCGUCCAUCUACUCGGCCGGUCUGCAGAGACUCGCUCACCUGCUGCUGGAGCCCGACCCUGGACGCCGCAUCCACAUCCGGGACGCCCGGAGCGUCCUGCAGGCGCUGCUGUGGGGGCCGAGGAGAGACCUGCUGGAGCACAGCACCCCGGAGCCCAGGGACCACGGCCUGCUCAACUGGCUGGACGUGAAGCGUGCGCUGCUCAUGAUGAAGUUCGCCGAGCGCUCGCUGGAGCCCGAGAGGAACGCGGAGCUGGAGGACUGGCUCUGCUGUCAGUACUUCUCCAGCGCUAACCCCAGAUCCCUGUGUCAGACGGCAGAGCUGCUCUACAGCCUGCGCUUCACACACUGAGCCACGCACGUGUCACACACACACACACACUCGACCGAACACUGUCUGUCUCAGAGAUGUCCGAACACUGUGUCCUUCACUGGAAUCAAACACCAGCAGCCGAACACUUUCAUUUCAUCUCUUCUGCUUUCAAACUCAAUCUCACCACGUCUGACACACACAGAUCACGCUUCACUCACAAUUUGAAAAGGGAAUAUCUAUAUAUUCUUUUUCUUUGCAUGAUUUAAGAUGUUUUGCAUGAGUAUUUUCAUGUCAAUUUCUGUAGUGCAGAAACUCAUUCUCUUAAUACGGUAAUGACAAUCAUGUUGCUGGAGACAGUUGUUGUUUUAAACGUUAUUUAUUAAAAUCAAAGUAAAGGAACCAAUACAACAUAGUGAUCUGAUUGUGGGAGAAUAUAGAAGUGUGAUCUGCAGAACAGUAUUUGAUCGGUCCGUCCUGAAUGAUCUCUGGCUCUGAAGGUUUAGGAGCACAGUUUUAGGCUCUUAAAGGUUUGUGUGGAUGAGAAGCAGAUGCAGAUUCGUCCUGGUAAAGAACAUCCCGUCUUCCUGCCGGCUCUGAGUAAACUUCCUGUUUGUGAAGAGAAGCCACUUCCUGGUGCAAUAUUUCUAGCUUCCUCUGGUUCUGCCGGACACUCGCUGACUAAAUGUGAUGAACUGUUUUAGAUUUAUUUGGAGUGCCUUUUGUGAUUUAUAUUUUGAGGUUGAAGCCGAAUCAUUUCGAGCUUGAUGGAGAUGAAACUGUGAGUCUGGAAUUUCACAGAAGAUCUUCAGAUGGAACCGAAAUUGUGUGUUUUUUUUUUUAAUGUAAAUAAAUUGUGAAGCAGGUCUUAACAGCAGCAUAUUGGGUGUGUUUUUAAACCUCAUGUUUUUUUCAUUUUUAUUUCUGAUUUUAUUUUGCUCUAAAGGUUUUUAUUUGCUGCAUCCUUCAGUUUUCAGAAAAAACUCUUAAUGUUUUAAUGUUUUUGCGCUGUAACGUCCUGUAUAUUAAUAAACUUGUGUCAAAGACUUCUGCAGCUUACAAUAAAGUGUCAAAUAUUUUCACAUA